AACUAAGGUGAGUCAGCUACAGGUGAGUGAUCGAUUGGCUUCAGUUUGCCAGCGAUGCGCAAAGAGGAGGCGCAAACGGUGACGCGGAGCUUUUCUCUUUAAGCUGAGGAUUUCUCAUGGCGGAUGAGGAGUAAAUAACCUGGAGAAAGAACAAUUAACACUCUGAACUUCAAGGGAACUUAAUUUCAUAAAAAAAAAAAAAAAAACAGGAAGGUGUUUAUUCAGGAUGAAAAUCGCGUUUGUGCUUCCUCUCACUUUGCUGGUGUCUGUGGUUUUGGUGGGAUACAUCAAGAUACGCAAAAAGGAGCACGAGAAGGAGGAGAAGCGCAACCGGUUCCAGGAUAUCAAACUGCGGGUGACCAGCGAUGUUCUCCAGGAGUACGAGAACGAGAAGGUGGAGACUAGGAAUGAGCUGGACAACCUGCAGAAGGAGCUGAAGGCGUUAGAGGAAGAAGUGAAUGUUCUCAAGACCAAAACAGAGAAGUCGACGGGGGAUUUAAACGGUUGCGAUGGCUCCAAGAAAUCUGGUGCAGAUCAAGUGGCAGCGCAGGAGACAAACCUGAACAACCUGAAGGCCGAAAAGGAGAAGGAGAAGACUGAGUGGAAUGCAGAAAUAGAUCGACUGAAAAAGCAGCUGUCCGAAAAAAGCCAAGUCUGUAACUUCUUGAAAGAACAACCAGACCCCAUAAAGACUAUGUGCGGCAUUAAAGACGAGCCAAAGGCAGAGGCUCCAAAACCAGAAGAGAAAAGGGAAGAGCCCCCCAAACAACAGGAGCAAAAAGCAGAGGCUCCAAAACCAGAAGAGAAAAAGGAAGAGCCCCCCAAACAAGAGGAGCAAAAAGCAGAGGCUCCAAAACCAGAAGAGAAAAAGGCAGAGCCCCCCAAACAAGAGGAGCAGAAAGCCGAGGCUCCAAAACCAGAAGAGAAAAAGGCGGAGCCCCCCAAACAAGAGGAGCAAAAAGCAGAGGCUCCAAAACCAGAAGAGAAAAAGGCGGAGCCCCCCAAACAAGAGGAGCAAAAAGCAGAGGCUCCCAAACAAUAACUAAAAAAGGAGAAACUCUUUCAAAAGAGCAAAUAACAUAUCCCACUGUAGAACAAGAAGACAUAAGGACAGAUGCACUGAAAUAUACAUAUUCACUACCAGCAUUUUUUGCACUAAAUCUCAGGGUCAUGUAGUUGUGUAGAUAUGUCAUCAGGUACACCAGUGUCCUUGUUUCAUUUUGGGUGGGAUACAAUGUUUCCGUUGACAUUAAGCAUAUCCAAGUAAACAGAAUAAAUGUGGGUGUCGGUCUCUCCACAUUAUUGUAAACUGACCUUUUAAAGUUGUAGCUUUAAAAUUAUUAGUGCAGCAGCCCAGCAAGUGGUCAGUGAAUUCAACCAACUAAAGCAACAUAAUUGCAACUGAAUCCAUCAUUGGUGUAACAUAGAUACAGACACCAAGUCCAAAGAAAAUCCUGUAUAUCUAGGAAAAUGCUUUGUUCCUGCAAGUCUGAGAUAAAGACCAAUUCUCCAUUCACUAACAUCCCAACUGCCAAAUGUCCCAGUUUCUUCAAAAGUGUCAUCGUAAUUUUAAUUGCCAUGUAUGUCAAAACAAUAAAUGUUACAUGUAGUGGAGGUAGGUCCUAGUACUGGUUAGAAUUACUCUAGAUCCUUUUUCAUUAAUUAAAUAAAAAAAAAUAAAAACGU